ACCCACGCGUGUAAUGGUUGCUGGCUUUUCCGGGGAACCUCUGCUGUUGAGCUGUACCUCAUUGCUAGGGAACGGGCACUGGAAGGUCUCAGGCACGGUCCCGCUUUCUUAGGGCGGUAACGUCCUGCGCCGGUUGGGAAGGGAAGGUUGGAGGAGCGAAGCCGCUGUGAACCAUGCUCGCGAGCUGUGGGUCCGUCUGUGAAGAGGCCCGUCUUUGCCUGACCGCGGCUGGAGUCUACGCUGGCGGUUUGUUUUUGCGGCAGGCGGAAAACUACACUUCCCAGCAUCCUCCCGGUGCCAGAACUACCUUGCCCGAAAGCCUGAGUGUGAUUCAGCCAGCCUUUCGCCUCCUCCCGCCAGCCCGAAAACCGGAAAUGUGGAGUCGUUGUGUUUGGCGGCUGCUGCGGUCUGAGGGCCAUGGGAGCCACUGGGUUUCGAGCCUUUGCGGGGAUUUUUCGCCGGCCCUGCGAAGAGACUUCUUCACCACCACAACCAAGGAAGGAUAUGAUAUGAGGCGAGUGGACAUAACUCCUUUAGAACAAAGGAGAUUAACUUUUGAUACCCAUGCACUGGUUCAGGAUCUGGAAGCUCAUGGAUUUGACAAAGCACAAGCAGAAACAAUUGUAUCAGCAUUAACCACUUUAUCAAAUGUCAGCCUGGAUAGUAUCUACAAGGAGAUGGUUACUCGAGCUCAACAGGAAAUAACAGUACAACAACUAAUGUCUCAUUUGGACUCCAUCAGGAAAGACAUGGUCAUCCUAGAAAAAAGUGAAUUUGCAAAUCUGCGAGCAGAGAAUCAGAAAAUGAAAACUGAAUUGGAACAAGUUAAGCAGCAACUGAUAAAUGAAACCAGUCAAAUCAGAGCAGAUAAUAAACUGGACAUCAACCUAGAAAGAAGCAGAGUAACUGAUAUGUUUACAGAUCAAGAAAAGAAACUUAUGGAAGCAACCACAGAAUUUACCAGCAAGGAUACCAAAACCAGAAGUAUUAUUUCCGAGACCAGUAAUAAAAUUGACACUGAAAUUGCUUCUUUGAAAACACUGAUGGAGUCUAACAAGCUUGAGACAAUUCGUUACCUUGCAGCCUCAGUGUUUACUUGCCUGGCAAUAGCAUUGGGAUUUUACAGAAUCUGGAAAUAGUAGAGAAACUACUAUAUUAUGCUGCUGUGGACUUAGAACACUACGCCAGGAUACAUUUAUUCUGAACAUGGAAGUUGUGGCAGAUACUCAAUACAAGGUUAUUCAGAGUACAUAUGGACUAAAAAAUAUUUUUAAGUGGGAAGAUGUGCUUUGAGUUUGUGUUUUGUGUGUCUUUAUUAUGUUGAAAAGCUGUCAUUCAAACCUGAUUGAUUUGAG